CACGCCUUUGGAAAGUUGUUCAAAACUGAGCUAUGCUCACAGAAGGGCUGUGAUUUCUUUAGAUUGUCUGAUAGCAGAUUCUGUGAUGUUUACCAGCGUCAGAGAGAUCAGGCCAUUGUGAAUUUUUUUUUUCUUCUGUAGUAAAACUAGCCACAGCCAGCCAGACUAGGAAUUUACUGCCUGAGCUGUUUUCCAAAGUGAGUUGGGCUGGCAAAACCAGACGUGAGCGUUCCCUGGACUCUCAAGAGGCCUGUUUACACUGCUGACUUUAUUUUUACUGCCAGAUUUCAAGUGGGAAGAGGGAAAUUACAUUUAAAGGUCAGCGGAUUACAGAAGGAGUCUCACAAUUUGGAAAUAAGAACUUGAGUGAAGAGUUGAGCAGGCAAGUCUCUGGUCCAUGGACACAUGGCCAGAGGAAUUUAGCAUCCGGAGACUGACAUUACUGGGAAAGCUGCCCACAGUGUGUGCUCCGCUGAGGAAACACCCACAAGUUGCGGUUCUACUCAGGAUUAACCAAGAAGCCAUGAAAUCCCUCACUGAGGGCAACUUAGAAGACUGCCUGCUGAGUGAGGUGGACUUGAGACGCCAGCGGAUUUCCCAGACUGUGGAGGAGGUACAGAAAGUUGUUCAUCAGCUGACCAUAGAAAUCAGCCACCAAGACAUUAGGUUUCAGGCCGUGCCAUACUCGGACAUGUACAAUGAGAACAUCAAGGUUUUGGCCCCCAGUCAGUUCCUUGUCACAGUCCCUGUAAGAGGCCUGGCGGGGUACAGGGAGGCCCGGGGGCAGCGCUGGCGCUACUACACGCUGCAGGGCGGUAGGCUCCCCUGCCCCUUGCAGGCCCCCGAGGCUCUGCAGCAGUGGCUGGAAGUGGAGCAGUUUGUGAAGAGCCUUUGGCAGUGGCGUGAGUCAGAUGUCAACAUCGAGGGCGACAUUGUGCCCGCCAAGGUCCUCCAGGUGUUCCGGAAGCUGGUGGAAAAUGCGAUCAGAACCUGUCACCUCUCAGGUAAGGUCAGCAUGCUAGCAAACCGCUCUGCAGUCUGGGUUGCCGUGGAAACUUGUGUGUGUCCGGUGGAGCUGGAGCUGGCCCCUGCAGUGGAGAUCCCCACCACCUGGUCGGAGAAAGCCCGGUGGCCUCGGUGUCUGAAGCGCUGGCCCUCCCCGGAGAGAGUGGAAUGUAUCAAGUCAUUUGGGUUUAACUUGCUAGCCCGCUCAAAUUAUCACUGGCAGCUGAGCUUCCUCCAGGCUGAGCAGGUGCUGCUGGAGCAGCUGGACGAGGAUGGGGGCUGCCGCCGGAAAUGCUUCCAGGUCAUGAGGCAGCUGAAGGAGGACGUCUGGUGCCCAGGGAAGAGGCCGGUCCUCACAUCUCACCACCUGCAGACAGUGCUCUUUUGGACCUGUGAGAAAUAUCCCCACUCGAAAGACUGGCAGACCUUCCACAAAGCCUUUCUGCGCUUGGUGAGGAAGCUGCACAAGUGUGUGAGCCAGCACUUUCUGAAACACUACUUCGUCCCGAACAGCAACCUCCUCCAGUAUGUCAACUCAGGGGAGCUGGAGGCAGUGGCCCAAAAGUUGGCCUUCUUCCUGAAGGACCCCCAGGUCAGCCUGCCCUGAUGGCUUCCCUGGCCUGCUCUUGGACUUAUCAUUCUGGCUUGACCUCACUUUCUAGAUGGUUCCUACGUCAGGUGCCAGGAGAGAGGCAACACACAGCACAGGGAUUACAUCAAACCGGCAGCAGUUAAGGGGGGAGGAAGCUGUACCCCAUGGUGUCUGACCCAAGCCUCCUCCUGGGACCCAAGCAAGCAUCUCAGCUACCUCUCUUGGGAUGGCUCUCCUCAAGCUUCCCUAAGCCACAGAUUCCGAACCGAUGAUAGUUCUGAAUUUAUUUUUCCUUGCUCAGGCCUUGAGCGCCUGACGGGGAGGAUGGAGACUGAACCCCUGAAAGGGUAGACAUUAGCCUGCUCGCCAAGCCCCAAACACAGGCUCACUUCCCCUCAGAGCAGGGCUGUGAGCCUAUGGCACCGUGGUGCUGCCUUUCCAAGGGGAAGGCCUUGGAGAGACAUGAAGUGUUCCUGGCUGAUUGAGUGACUGGAGUUUGCCUCCUGGGUCAGUGCCACAGCACUGAGGAGCUGAGUAGGCCUGCUGUGCUCCCUUGCUGCCCUCCGCGGUGGUGCUAUCUGCUUCCCUGGUGUUCUCCAAGCUGGGAGGGAGUAGUUCUGAUGGUGAGAGGAAGUCCAACAUGACAGGGCAGCUCCGCCACAGCCUUCUUUUUGCUUCCUAGUUUAUGUAAUGAACUCAGUUCUGUGAGCUGCAUGGAAUGACCUGGGUGUGGCUCACCCCGCCAUAUACUCCUUUACUCACUUCACUCAUUCAUUCAGUGGUAAACAAAUGUCUGUUCAGGACUUGGAAUACAACAAAGAGCAAGAUGGAAAUGGACUUUCCCGGUGGGAUGACACCUAGUGGUGGAGACAAGGAAUGAACAACAAAUACAUAAACACAAUACUACCCAAGGAAGCCGGGGUCUGAAGGAGGCAAACGGUGUUGAAAUACAGUCACAGAAAGAUGCAUGAGGGAUGAAAAAUACAAUAGCCAAAAGGGGAGGAAAAGUGACCGAGGACAGUCCUGGAGGGGCAAGCAGGAGUCAGGUCACCUGGCCUAGCAAAGGCAGGAAGGAAAGAGUAGUUCAUUGUAAGAUCAAAGGUGCCAUUUGGCCUCUCUGGAAGCAGAGGGGUAUCGUGAUCUGACUUGCAUUCUAAAUUAAUGUUCUGAUAACUGCAUCAAGAGCACCUGGGGGCUCACGUGAGAGCCAAGGGCACUGCAGUCUGUCGAGCCACCCUUCUGGAGUCUUGCUAAGCCAGACAAAGAUACACUCCCAUGCAGCACAACUGACGGGGAACUCAGGAGGCCCUGGGGAGCCCAGUGGUUUCUUCUGGCACUUACUUAAUGCUUCUGAGCUCAAGGGACUCCUUUAUUACUUUGGAACAUUUUCCCCAAAAUAUGUAUGACAAAGUGAAUUUUCUAAAACAUGAACUACUGGUUUUAUUUUGAUGAAAAUCCACAUUUGGAAAUGAAAAUAAUUACUUUUUUCAAAACUACUGUAACCAAAUGGUGGGGCCCUACAGCUGUCACAUAGGAAAUCAACACAAAGUUUUUAUUAACAAAAAGUUGGGGGAAAAAAAUCUUUCUAAACACACAAUGAACAAACCAGUGUUUUGUUAAAACAUCAAAAAACAUCUAGUUCUCAUAUUCCUGUAACUCAGGAAACAUUGUUUAUGAGAAGGUGGUAAAUGUAACAGUUUUUUUCUUUUCAUGAUGAAAACUUUUUUUAAAAUUUUAAAAGAGCUACACAGUCAUGAAAUGCCAAAAGUGACAGUUGAUUGUACCACUGAUUCAGUGUGCUGUGUGUGUGUGUGUGUGUGUGUGUGUGCGCAUGCACGCAUGCGCAAAGAGGGAGUGACAGGUGCCACAGUCAGAUUCCACCAGAUUCUUAAUCUUUUUGGCAGGAGAUCUAUGGUUUUUAGGAGAGUUUGGGCUGUCUGCUCAUUCCUGCGCAGUCCCACUUCUGGCCAGCAGAGGGAAGAAGGAGACCACAUAUAAAAAGACACAGGCCCCACCUAUACUUGUCCUCAGAGUCCAGCAGGUGUCUCUCCCCUCAGUCUAUCACUUGCACCUGGCUUCUCCAAAACAGCAAACAAGGGACAGUAGAGUCCAGCUGAUACUAAAUUGUUGACUUUUCCUGCCAUUUUAGCCAAAAAUGACAAUCUUAAUGCUACAAGUUCAGAUAUAAAAAGGGAGGGACAGUCAAUCCAGGGGCCUGAAGCAUUCAGCUUCAUUGCUUCCUUGUACAGACUGCACAGCUCUGAAAAGUCUGAUAAUAUUACUUCUUUAUUUAAGUAGGUUUUACUUAUUAUAAUUCUCCAAAAGAGCUUUUCUUUUCGUCUGCACCCUUCAAGGCAUAAGACUGCUUUUAUAGAGGAGUGGUGGGUAUUCAGCCACUGCUGUGACCUGCUGGCAUUUGCAUCCCUGACACUGUGUAACUGCAUGGCCUGGCUGAGUUGUUUGACCUUUGUUUUUCUCCAUUUCCUUUCUUCCAAACAAGCAUUGUUUUAUGGUCUGAAUUGUGACUCACCCAAAUUCAGAUGGUGAAGCCCUGACUCCCAGCAUCUCAGAAUGUAAUUAUUUCUAAGUUAAACUGAGGCCUUGAGGGUGGGGCCUAAUCAAGUCUGCCUGGUACUUUAUAAAAAGAGAUUAAGCAUACAGACACCAGCCUUGUGCAUGCACAAGGGGACAGCCAUCUACAAGCUAAGGAGAGAGGUCUCAGAGGAGACCAAACCUGCCACACCUUGUGGACUGCUAGAAUUCAGAAGUGUAAGAAAUGGAUUGGGAGAAAGAUGGCUCACCAGAAGGAUUGUUCAGCUGAGCUCUCCUAGAAUGACUGGGGGAAAAGAGAGAACUCAGCCAUACCUGGCACAGGGACCUUGCCCAGAGUCAUAGUUCAGGGAGCACAGUGAGGAGAUGGUGAGCUGGAUACAUCAUAUGAUCUGGAGGAAUCAGGCAAGUGAUUGUGACUGGCUCAGAUCCACUACCCCCCCAACACACACAGAGGUCUGACGGGAGGAAGCCUUUAAGGAAUUUUCAUUUGUUGGGGGAAACUGCAUGUUGAGUGGAAAGCUUGGAAGAUUGGGAGGACUUAAACAGUAUACCAGAUUUGAAUGCUGGUUGGAGUGGACAUACCAUAGGUUUGGUGGUGGGCUAGGCAGCCAUACUGAGAAGGUCUUGGUGGCCAGGGGGCUGCCAUUGUGGGAAGGUAGAGAAGGCCUUAGCAGGGACCUAAAGCAGGCCAUCUUAAUUCCACCUAGCGAGAUCAGAACUCCACUCUUGGGCCAGACUGAAGGCCUCAUGCAAUCAUAGGAACUGGAGUCAGGGGGCACUGUGAGACCUGCACCUGAAGGAUUCUGGUGAACUUUAAGAUCCUAACCUGGGAGGGUAUGAAUGCUGAGAAAACAAUCUGGCAAUCACCAAAGGCAACUAAGUUUGGAAUAAGGACCAUAGACGUUGCUGCCUGUGCCGUCUCCUUAAAAAACCCACAGCGCCACCUGGUGUCCUGGCAAUGUAUUGCAACAUACUGUCAUCAACAGCAAGGACUUCUGUUGGAAACAAAGGAGGCAGUGAGAAGGAAAGAGGAGGGACAGGAAGUGAACAAGAAGAAAGAACACAUGAGGAGAAACCAGCAGAAAAAUUCAGGCAACAUGAAAAACCAAAACAGGGGAACUCCCCCAAAGGACCAUGAGGCAGCUAUUGCAGAAGACUCCACCUAUAAAGAAUUAAUGGACUUGAAAGAAAAGGAAUUUAAAUAUGAUGCUAACGACUGUAAAAGGAAUGGACGAGAAAAUGUAAAGACAGAACAAAAAGUGGGACAAGAGAUAUGCAAAAUAUAGAAAGGAUAUGGCAGAGCUUAAGGAAAUGAAGGAGACACUCAGGGAAUGUAAAGAGGCAGUAGAAAGUAUCAAAAAUAGGUUAGACCAUGGAGAAGAAAGAACCUCAGAGCUAGAAAAUCAAGUUUUUGAGUUAACCCAGGUAGUUGAACAGUCAGAAAAGAAGAGAGAGAAAGCAGAACAGGUGCUUAGAGAAUUAUGAAGCAUUCAAACAUAUGAAUAAUAGGGAUUCCUGAAGGGGAAGAAGAUUGUCCCAAAGGAAUGGAAGUCCUACUGGAAACUAUCAUAAAUGAAAACUUCCCAAGUUUUACUAAAGACUCUGACACAUUCUUUUCAGAUGGACAUCAAACUCCAGGUCAUUUCAACUGAAACAGAGCCUCUCUAAGACACAUUGUAAUGAACCUGUCCAAAGUCAAGAUGAAAGAAAAAAUCUUGCAAGAGCCAGGGGUAAGUGCCAACUGACCUACAGAUGCAGAGCCAUUAGGAUGACAGCAGACUUUUUCUAAAUUCUCUAAACUGAACUGAAACCUUCCAAGCCAGAAGAGCAUGGUCAUCUACCUUCAACAUUCUUCAACAAAACAAUUUUUAGCCCAUAAUUCUGUAUCCUGCUAAACUAAGCUCCAAAAUUGAUGGAGAAAUCAAAUCUUUUGCAGAUAUACAAGCACUAAGGAAAUUCGGCAUGACAAGACCACUCUAUAGGAAAUCCUUAGACCUAUUCUCAACAUUGACCACCACAAUGGACCACCAGCAAAGUAAGCACCCAGAAGCUAAAGGUCAAAACUUAGCUUCCACAGUGUUGCAAUAGACUUUCAAAAAAUAAGAUGAAUAUAACUUCAUGACACUUAUCAAUUCUCUCAAUACAUGUCAAUGGGCUGAAUUCACCACUGAAGAGGCAGGGCUGGCUGAUUGGAUGAAAAAGCACAAGCCAUCCAUAUGCUGUCUCCAGGAGACACACCUAGCCUUGAAGGACAAAUCAAGACUCAGGGUUAAGGGAUGGAGAAUGGUAUUUCAAGCAAAUGGAAAUUAGAGGAAAGGGAUGCAAUCUUAUUUUCAGAUGCAGGCAGAUUUAAUGCAAUUAAAGUUAAAGACGAAGAUGGACACUUAAUACUGGUCAAAGGAACAAUACAACAAGAAGACAUUUCGAUUUUAAAUAUUUAUGCAUCCAACUUAAAUACUGCCAGAUUUAUGAAACAGACUUUGAUGGGUCUGAGCAAUAGGAUAUCUCAUAUCCCCAUAAUAGUUAGGGACUUUAACACCCCAUUGACAGAAUUGGACAGAUCCUUUAAACAGAAACUAGACAAAGUCACAGAGGAAUUAAAUGUGACCCUAGAACAAAUGGGAUUAACAGACAUAUACAGAAUACACCAUUCCAAAGCUAAGAAAUGUACAUUUUUCUCAUCAGCCCAUAGUACAUACUCCAAAACUGACCGCAUCCUAGGAUACAGGUCAGACCUCAGAAAAAUUAAAAGAAUAGAAAUUAUACCUUGUAUGGUCUCUUGAACAGACCACAAGGCAAUAAAGGUGGAACUCAACUCCAACAAAAAUGUUCAUCCCCAAACAAAGCCUUGGAAAUUAAACAACCUUUUGCUGAAUAAUAGUUGGGUUCAAGAAGAGAUAAAAAAAGGAAAUCAUUAACUUCCUCAAACGUAGCAACAAUGAAGACACAAGUUACCAAAACCUGUCAGAUACAGCAAAAGCAGUCUUAAGAGAGAAAUUUAUCGCAUUAGAUACCUACAUUUGAAAAACAGAAAGAGAGUGCAUCAACAAACUCAUGAACCAUCUUAUGAAAUAGGAAAAAGAAGAACAGUCUAAUCCCAAACCCAGCAGAAGAAAAGAAAUAACCAAAAUUAAAUCAGAGAUGAAUGAAAUUUAAAACAAAAGAAUCACUCAGAAAAUUAACAAAAUAAAAAAUUGCCUUUUUGAAAAAAUAAAUAAAAUCAAUAAUCCUUUGGCCAGAUUAACUAGAAACAGAGAAUUAAAAUAUCUAGUAACCUCAAUCAGAAGCAAUAAAGGGAAAAUAACAACAAAUGAUACAAGAGAUCAUCUCUGAGUACUACAAGAAACUUUAUGCCAAGAAAUUUUACAAUGUGGAGGAAAUGGAUCAAUACAUGGAAUCACAUCCUCUCCCUGGACUUAAUCGAGAAGAAAUAGAUCUCUUGAACAGACCAAUGUCAAGAACCGACAUCAGAGAAACACUAAAAAAAUCUCCCAACAACAACAAAAAAAGCCCUAGUCCAGAUGGCUUCACACCAGAAUUCUAUCAAACCUUAAAAAAAGUUCAUACCCAUACUGCAGAAAUUAUUUCAAAAAUUUGAGAAGGAAGAAAUCUUCCCCAACACAUUCUAUGAAGCAAACGUCACCCUAAUGCCCAAAUCAGGAAAAGUCCAACUAAAAAGGAGAAUUUAAGACCAAUUUCACUAAUGAAUAUAGAUGUAAACAUUCUCAAUAAAAUCCUAGCUGAUAGCUUACAGCUACACAUUAAAAAAGUCAUUCAUCACAAUCAAGUAGGUUUCAUCCCAGGGAUGCAAGGCUGAUUUAGUAUACACAACUCCAUAUAUAUAAUUCACCAUAUCCACAGAAGCAAAAACAAAGACCAUAUGAUCAUCUCAAUAGAUACAGAAAAAGCAUUCAAUAAAAUUCAGCAUCCUUUUCUAAUUAGAACACUUAAGACUUUAGGCAUAGGUGGCGCGUUUCUGAAUCUGAUUGAAGUCAUCUAUGACAAACCCACAGCUAAUAUUAUACUGAAUGGAGUAAAACUGAAGGCUUUUCCACUUAGAACUGGAUCCAGACAAGGUUGUCCUCUAUUGCCACUACUAUUCAACAUAGUGCUGGAAGUUCUAGCCAGUAUAAGCAGGCAAGAGGAGGAAAUAAAGUGCAUCCAAAUGGGGGCAGAGGAGGUCUGACUCUUGCUCUUUGCCAACAAUAUGAUCUUAUACUUAACCCCAAAGACUCAACUACAAGACUCCUGGAAGUGAUCAAAAAAUAUACAAUAUCUCAGGAUAAAAAAUCAAUGUCCACAAAUCAGUAGCUUUUGUAUAUGCCAAUGACAGCCAAGAUGAGAAGCUAGUCAAGGACACAAUUCUUGGGCGGCGCCUGUGGCUCAGUCGGUAAGGUGCUGGCCCCAUAUACCGAGGGUGGCGGUUCAAACCCGGCCUUGGCCAAACUGCAACCAAAAAAUAGCUGGGCAUUGUGGCAGGUACCUGUAGUCCCAGCUACUUGGAAGGCUGAGGCAAGAGAAUCACUUAAGCCCAGGAGUUGGAGGUUGUUGUGAGCUGUGUGAGGCCACGGCACUCUACUGAGGGCCAUAAAGUGAGACUCUGUCUCUACAAAAAGAAAAAAAAAGACACAAUUCUCUUCACAGUAGCUUCAAAAAAAAAAAAAAAAAAAGGAAAUGCCUAGGAAUAUACAUAACAAAAUAAAGAAAGACCUCUACAAAGAAAAUUACAAAACCCUAAGCAAAGUAGUAUCAGAAUAAAUUAACAAAUGGAACAAGAUACCAUGCUUAUGGCUGGAAAAAAAUCAACAUUGUGAAAAUGUCUAUACUACGCAAAGCAAUGUACAGAUUCAAUGCAAUCUUCAUUAAAACACCAUCAUCAUGCUUUCAAUUUGGGAAAAAAAAUAAUUCUUCAUUUUUUAUGGAACCAGAAGAAACCCUGUACAGCCAAGGCAAUUCUUAGUAAUAAAAAGAAAGCUGGGGGGCGGCGCCUG